AUGGCUCUCAUUGAAACAAAAAUUAAGGUCAGCAAGCUACCGGCUAUAGCAAGAAAGAUUCAUGGUAAUUGGAAGUGGAUUUCAAAUGCAAAUAAUUCUAGCAAAGCUAGAUUAUUGAUUCUAAUUCUGGAUGUUCAUGUUGACAAGCUUUCUGCCCAGCAUGUUACAUGUUUGGUUAAAUCCUUAGAUGUUGGGAAUAAGGCAUGGAUUCUAUGUGGUGACUUCAAUACUAUAACUGGUAAUGAGGAUAAAUUAGGAGGUGCUAUGGCUAUUGAGGCUGAAACCAUUGAUUUCAGGGAAUUUAUUGACAUGUGUUACCUAUCACAUUUGAAAACUGAAGGCUGCUAUUUCACAUGGAAUAAUAAACAAGAUUCUAAUUCCAGGGUUUGGAGUAGAUUGGAUAGAGCUUUAACUAAUGACUCUUGGAUAAACUUGCACAACUCUAGUCAUGUUGAGUAUAUGCUUCCCAGUUGCUCUGAUCACUCCCCUGCUUUGGUAUCAAUUUAUGAUGAUUGUUUGCAUGGAAAGAAGCCAUUUAAACUUUUCAAGAUGUGGAUUAAGCAUGAUAACUACUUGCCUAUAACUUCAACGGUUUGGCAAAACUCAAUUGCAGGUUGUGCUAUGUUUUCUGUUGCAAGCAAAUUGAAGCUACUGAAGAAUGCACUGAAGGAUCUAAACAAAAGAAAUUUUCACAAUAUCAGUGAGCAAGUGGUCAGGGCAAGGAUUAAUCUGGAAAAUGUUCAAAAUAACCCGCAGGAGGAUCCUCUCAACACUGAUUUGAUUAAUCAGGAAAUUUUACUUUGCUUCUUACAACAAACUUUUGGAGUAGUAACGGUGCUCUACAACAGUGCGGGGUGCAGAAUAAUUGAUGGUGAAGGGAUCAUUCAAGAACUUAUUUCCUUCUAUAAGAAUCUCAUGGGCUCAGCUACAAAAACAUCUAAGCCUGAUGGUAAUAUUAUUUCCAAUGGUCCAUGUUUGAAUGAAGCUCAUGCUAGAACCCUGUUCUCUCCAGUAUCCAAAGAGGAAAUUAAAAAUGCAGUCUUCUCCAUGGGUGACAACAAAGCUCCUGGGCCUGAUGGGUUUAGCAUGACCUUUUACAAAUCAGCUUGGAAUAUCAUUGGAGAUGAGGUAACAAUGGCCAUUGAAGCUUUUUUCAAAAUUGGUAAGCUUCUAGCUAACAGGAUUAAGUCUGUUAUGAGGUUUUUGAUUAAUGAGAUGCAGAGUGCUUUUGUGAAAGGAAGGAUUAUGCUGAGCAUUGAUAUCAAAAAAGCUUUUGAUAAUAUUAUCUGGGAUUUCCUAAAUGAUAUGCUAAAAGGUCUUGGGUUUCCUAUCAAGAUGGUUAAUUAG